CUGCAUAUUUGACAUUGUGGGUUGUUUAGGUGAAUGUUUUAAGUAAAAUUGGGAAUUUAUUUGUAAUUUAAUGGAUUUACAAUUAAUUUUUGAUAACCCUGGUAAAAAACUAACAAUUUACAUCAAAGCUACUACCUCAGAUGAACUCCAGUAACUGGGAUGAUAAGAUCAAGUGCCAAUCAUUACCUCAGGAAAAUUUUCAAAAUAACAUCUACCAACGAAAAAUAUGUGAUUCAAAGUGCCUCCACUGUAAUUUUACUAACAGACUCCAGCAAGUUGCAGAUGGCACACAAGAUGGCACUCCAAAUGAACCAGUUUUGGGCCAUUCAUCAUCUAUGGCUAAUUUUCUCGCGGGCGGAGGAAAGCAUGUAUGCAAUGAGGCUCCAUUAGUUGGGCCUUCAUUCAACUUAAACCAUUCACUGGACAUAUUUCGGGACAUGAUUUGUAGUAAGACAUUUCAAAAUACCAGAAAUUUUGAAAAUACUAAAUACAACCACGAUAUCGUGAACCCAGUAAGUGAGUUUAUAACUAAAUCGUUGUGCAAUAGUAUUGGAAUUCAUGGAAUUCCACGGUUGAAAAUGGAAGUACAAAAUAUACCUACUAACCAAACCAAUUGCGAGCUAAACCCGAACUCCACCAAUUGGUCCAUAACAACUGAUAAUGAAGCCAGUUUUUUUUGUAAUGGCAAACAUGAGCAUGCUUCCGACAUUAAACUGGAAAAAGAUACAUUUUCCGAUUUCGCAAGUGAAUAUUUUUACUACAACUCCAAACCGAAUGAAUCCCCUACUUCUGUGUCAAAUAAUCGUGAAUCUAAGAAAAGUGAGACAAAAAAUUCGAAUAUUGCGUCUAGCACUUUGGAUAGUAACGCAAUGAAAUGUACCCAGUGUUCUUAUUCUACCACAAACAAAUACAGGUUCAAAAAUCACCAAUUAGAACAUGUUAUUGAUGACUUAAAAUGUCCGGAAUGUUCUUACACAACGAAGAACAAAUACAGAUUUAAGUAUCAUUUAGAGCAACACAACAGUCAUUUUCGAUGUACAGAAUGUUCCUUUACUACAAAAGAUAAGUACAGAUUUAAGUAUCAUACAAUGGAACACAGGAAUGGAGUGUUAAAAUGCACAGAAUGUUCGUUUACCUCUAAAGAUAAAUACAGGUUUAAGUAUCAUACGUUAGAACACAGCAGUGAGGAACAGAAAUGCUCAGAAUGUUCCUUUACAACUAGGAAUAAGUACAAGUUUAAGCACCACUUGAGGAAACACAAGAAGCCAAGUAUUUAGUCUCAUUAGCCAUUCCUUUUCAAUAGAAUAUACAAUGCCAAUUUAAUUUUUAUAUGUUGUAGUAAUGUUUACUAUAAGAACAGUAUUUUGUUUAUGUGUAUAAAAAGUGGCAUUUA